UGGAAGAUGUGGCAGGCAGAGGGGGCACCUUGGAAACAGCUCCCAGCAUGGGCUGGGGCUUCCCUUAGAUUCUAGUGAAGAUAAUUGUUGGGAAGUGGAGUUCACACUCCUUAACUGAAUUCAGACCCUGCUGCUUGACUGCUUAUAGGGACAUGAGUAAACCACUCAAUUCUGAGCCUCAGUUUACUCAUUUGUUGGAUUAGAGUGUCUCUGAGCUCCAAAUUUUCUAUCUUGCGAUCUUUAAAAGUGUUGAGAGAGGAGAGCUCCUGGGUCCUGAGGCACUCAGUGAGGUAGUGCAGCCAUCUAAGAGUCCCAGGACCGAGGGAGGAGAAGAAAAUCCAGCUCCCCAGCAACUCCCUCUGGUGCUGCGAUGUUCGCCUUGGGAUCCUUUCUGCUGUUGUGCCUUCUUGGGCCACCUUUUGGCUUCUUCUCUGCGCUAGGCCUGGAAUGUGAGGUGGACUGUCACCGGGAUAGAGGAAUCUGUGAAAAGGACCUGUGUAGGUGUCGACCUGGUUGGCAGGGACCCCUGUGCAAUGAGUGUGUUACCUUUCCUGGUUGCCUACAUGGAAGUUGUUCUCUUCCCUGGCAAUGUAUCUGUGAGGAUGGCUGGAUUGGGAGCCUCUGUGAUAUAGAUCUCCAGCUGUGUGCUGCCAAGCCCUGCCCCAAGAAUGGGACAUGCACUGCUUCUGAAGAAGGUGGUUCCAGCUGCUCUUGUGCCCCAAGCUCUUCAGGAAGAAACUGUCAUUUUAAGGAAGGACCUUGUGUUAUUAAUGGUUCUCCCUGCCAGAAUGGAGGCGCUUGCAUUGAUGACAAUGGCCUUGCUUCUUACACCUCCUGCUUGUGCCCAGAUGGCUUCUCUGGCAACUUCUGUGAGCUGAACAUGAACAGCUGUGACCCGAAUCCAUGUGAGAAUGGAGGUAUGUGCACUGACAUUGGUGGGGACUUUCAUUGUCGCUGUCCACUGGGGUUCAUGGACAAGACUUGUGGUCGACGUGUGGGGGACCAUUGUGCCAGUGGCCCCUGUGAGCAUGGGGGUACUUGUGUGCCUCAAGCCAGAGGAGGCUUUGAAUGCCUCUGCAAACCAGAAUUCUCUGGACCCACUUGUAACCAUGGCCACCCAAACCAUAGCCACCCAGGACCCAAGACCAAGAGGGGUCCUGGGCUGUCUGACCAAUUUGUCCCUGAGACUCAGGGCAGGAUUGCCACCCAUCAGCCCAGUCACAGAAUGCUAAAGAUCACCAUGAGGGAAUUGACCAAGAAUAGCAAACCUCUACUUAAUGAAAGCCAGGCCAUCUGCUUCACCAUCCUGGGGGUUCUGACAUGCCUGGUUGUGCUGGGCACCAUCAGCAUUGUUUUCUUCAACAAGUGUGAGGUGUGGCUCUCCAAUGCCAAGUACAGUCGUCUCCUCCGUAAAAAAAAGAACUUGCUCCUCAGGUACAGCAAUGGGGAUGAGCAUACCAUUAACAUCAUCUUACCUGAGAAGAUGAAUCUGAAAUCCUACAGUAAGUGCUUGAAUGAGAUAUGAGCACACAGUGCUGCCCUCACCAAGACCUUCCUCUAUGAAGUCUGCUAGGACACGCGGUUUACUUUAAAGCUUAUAAUUGCUCUAUUACCUUGUGUGCAGUGUGGUUAGAAGAAUAGCUCUAUAUUUGUGUAUCCAUUGUGUUUGUGCUACCAAGGAAACUUUCAGACCCAAACAGAGAUUCUCAGAAAGUGAUUUGAGUUCAACGGUGGGACUGUCAAUGGGAUUUUGUAAAGUUUUAAGUCUUUCUUCCUGAAUCAAGGGGAAAUUAUAUAGUGGCAAACAGUGGCAAAGACCCUGGAUUUUUUUUUUUUUCAAAUCAUUGCUGUGCUGGUAAUCUCAGAUACAUUACAUUCUCUCCCUGGGCUUCAGUUCCUUUACCUUUAAAAUAAAGGGAAGUGGAUUAGAUGAUGGAUAUGGUCCCUUCCAGCUCACACUCCUAGUCUUGGUAAUUUUGUACCCUUUUCAGUUCACCAUUUAGUUGGUUGGCUAGCAACGUAAUUCUUUUAGCUCCAAUUGAAGGAUUAGUUUGCAAGCACUAAUAGUACAUUGAUGAGAAUAUGCCUGGUAACCUUAUUCUGGAAAUUUGUUUUUUCCAUGCUCACUAUUUCAAUAAUUAAAGUGUUUGCAGUCUAAAUGUAUAGAAGGAGUAUAUAUAGAAGUGAGGUUGGGAUCCUAUUAUAAUGGGAAGAUCAACUUUGGACUCAGGAGACCUCAGUUCUCAUUUCAGCUCUGCAGGUAAUUGUCAUGAAUCAGUUCAUCUUUUUGGGCCUUUGUCUCCUCAGCGGAAAAUUUAAAGGACUAGGAUUUAAAGACAUCUGAACUAUUAUAUCCCACAAUUUUGGGAUUUUUCCUUGAGUAGAAGAAAGUACCUCCCAUGACAAUGGACUUAGCCCAUCUGAAACUUACAUAUGGGCACCUCGGUGGUAAAGUGGAUAGAGUGCUGGAUCUGGGGUCAGGAAGAUUCCUUUUUCUGAGUUCAAAUCUGGCCUCAGACAUUGUGACCUUGGACAAGUCAUUUGAAUUCCCUAGGCAUGAAUAUUAAGAUGAGGGAUUACCUAAACAAAGUUAUAGCAUACUUUUGUAACCAUUUAAAGGAGGAAUGAUUAUAACAUUUUAAGGCUAGUAUUACAGAAUGAUGAACAUUGGAACAAAUUGCUUCAAGACCCCAGUAGAUAAAGUUGGAGGCAGCUGGGUGGCUCAGUGGAUUGAGAUCUAGUCCUGGAGAUGUGAAGUCCUAGGUUCAAAUCUGGCCUUAGAUCCUUCCUAGCUGUGUGACCCUGGGCAAGUCACUUAACCCCCAUUGCCUAGCCCUUUCCAUUCUUCUGCCUUGGAACCGAUACACAGUAUUGAUUCUAAGAUGGAAGGUAAGGGUUAAAAAAAUAAAGUAAAGAGGUCUUGAAAAUUUGACCCUAUAGAUACUGUUGUAGUGAAUACCUGAAGGAGAUGUGCAUGUGAAAUCUGCAUGUCUUACCAAUUCCCUGAGGCCCUUCUAGAAUUUGAUGACUGGGUUCAAUGCCUUUUUUUCAGGUUAUGUUGACUUUAUGACUCUAUUUCUUCUGUAACAGAUGAUAUUAGCAACCCUUGUGCAUAUGAAAAUUCAAAAGAUGUUUCCACUGAAUAAGAUGAUCAUUUAUUUGUAUGAGAAAAAUCAAUUUUUAAUUUGUUUAAAAAAGAUUUGAUUUUAGUUUUUAAAUACUUUUUUCAACUAAAAGAAAAUGUUUUAUUUGUAUGUUUUGGGAUCUCUCAUUUGGGUACCUGGCUAGAAAAAUGACUUAUAACCUGAUAUAAAUGCUUCAUCUUCAAGCCAAGGAUGAAUACAAAGACUUAGUUUCAUUGGUAUCCCUGUAUUGUACCCUGCUAAAUUUUCUCCAUGCCCUUUUUUUGUUGUGUUAUUAAUCUCAGUACUUUAAGUCUCAGUUAUCUAAAAAUUCAUGGAAUAUUUGAAGAAAUAGGUACGGUGAGGAAUGAUCCAGGACUUAAGGAGAUCUGAAUUAUACUCUGUGCCAAUAAGUUCUCUGACGUUCUUCUAAGAAGCACAUUACCUCUACAGAUCUGAAUUGGUUGCCUUACCUGUCAAAUACAGGGGAUGGGAAAAAAGUGCUAUAAUUACAAAAUCCUGUUUUAAAAAACAUACAUACCAUGAUAAAGGAGUCAGUCUGUCCUGUAAUUCUGCUUUACUCAUUUGGAUUAAACCCUCUUGUAUUUCCCAGAGGCUGGAACACCAUCAAUUCUUUCUCCUGUUAGUGACAAAUUACUCCAUUUUUAUCAAAAUUUGGGAUUGAGGCCCUACCACAAACAUUAUUCAAAAAUAAUGGGGCUGUUCUCAGAAAGGCCCAUCAUCAUACAAAUAUAUCUCAGUAGAGAGAAUAGAGAAUUUCCUGAAAGAUUGACUUUCAGAAAACAAAUUGAAGCCCCGAAGAAGUAAUCAUAAUAAUAGCUCAUAAUAAUAGCUGGAGUAUGCCAAGUAUUGCAGGCUGUUUUCCUCAUAACAGUCCUCAGAGAUAGGUAGUGUAAGGAUCAUUAUCUUCAUCUUGAGAAGAGGAAACUGAGAUCCAGUGUGGCUUGCUCCAGGCCACAUAACUACUGGAGGCAGAAUUCCAACCAAGGUUUCCUGAUUCCAUUUCCAUCACUCUGUAUUACAAAAUGCUGUCUCUAGUCUGAAUGAAGACAAAGAGGGUUACUAAGGUGCUCAUGGAAUUUCCUCGAGGAAUUUUAAAUUUAAAUUCAUUUGUGUGCUGCUGAAUUGCAUUUGUCCCCUGACAUUGUUGCAGUAACCUAAUUAGAAUAUUUUAUAUUGAAUGUAAUUAAGAUUAUAUCUGCCUCUGCUUCAAUCUGUUUUUAUUAUUGAAACAAGUUUCAAGUCUAAAUGGAAAAGCCCCUCAGAAGAGUUUACUGGAUCUUUCAAAAAGUGUCUUAAUGUUUUGUUUUUUAAGAAGAGGAAACAUUUUGUUGCUACACUCUUAUGAUUUCCUGUUACUGAUUUGGCAACAUAUUUCCAAGUAUCCCCAAAGUUAAGUUUUUAUAAGUACUACAACAUUCACCCUUUUCAUUGAAACGGCUUUCUCUGUGGCCCCUUUCCUUACUCAGAUAUCUGAAUAUUCAAGUCAAUGAUCUUAGAGUUCAUGAAGAGUAUGUGACCAGAAGCCUGAGAUAUUAGAAUAUGGCACCCUGAGAUUCCUUACAUCUAAAUUCUCAUUCGUCCCUACACAGGUCAAUCAGUUUUGCAACAAGUCAGUAAAUGUCUGGGAGCCUCAGUUCUUGGUUAUCAAAUGAGGGUCUUGAUUAAAUGACCUUCUAAUCCUGGAAUCUGAUUUCUGUGAAGGACUGCCACACUGCAGGACUGGGAAGAAUUCACUUCAUCUUUGCUAUUCAGAUCAGACUUUCUUGACUCUCUCAAUACUAGGGAUGCUACCAGACCAGUUUCCUCUUGGUGGCAAAUCACUGUUUCUAGCAGAGUAAUCAAUCAGAUCUCAAUAGGAACAUACCUCAGAAAACAAUGUACAUUUCUUCAUAAAGUCCAUCUUCAUAAAGGCCUGUCCCAAUAAGUAGAAUUGAUUGAACUGAAACUCUUUUCAUUUAUUUAUUUGUUUGCUUGCUUAUUUUUAAAAUUUUAUUUAUUUGACACUUAAGUUUUGGUUCCAAGGCAGAAGAGAGGUAAAGGCUAGGCAGUUGGGGUCAAGUGACUUGCUCAGGGUUACACAGCUUACAAGUGUUUGAGGACAAAUUUGAACCCAGGACCUUCUUUCUCCAGACCUGGUUCUCCAUCCACUGAGCCACCUAGCUGUCCUCUGAAAGGCAAACUUAAGCUGAUUCUCCAAAUUAAAUGUGUAGGCAAAGUUUCAGUUUUAUUAACCUUACCUGGAAUUAAGCAGAACAAGCCAUUUAUGCUUUUGAUUGAUAUUGUUACUAUAUUUUUGUCAUGGGAUUAAGAUUAUAUCUAAUCACCUAAAUAUUUAUGUCACUGGAUAAAUUCCUAAGAGGACAGAGGAAAAACUAGCAGAACCCCAAAUAAUGCAUUAGACUAGUUAAUUUGAAAUCUUUUUUAAAAAGAACAUUUUUCUUUUUUGAUUUAUAGUAAUACUAACCAAAAUAUUUAUAUAGUACCUAUCAUGUAUCAGGUCCUGAGUUAAAUGCUUUGCAAACAUUAUACCAUUUGAUCCUUGAAACAAUACUGGGAGAUAAGUGCUAUUGUCAUACCCAUUAUAUAGUUGAGGAAAUGAGAACAAGCAGAUGACUUGCCCAAGAUCACAGAACUACUAAGCAUCUGAGGCCAUAUAUGAAUGCAAGUCUUACCAACUCCAGACACAGUGUUCUAUCCAUUAUAACAUCUUCCUUACUGGUUUUUAUAAUCAAAGGUUCCAUUCAUGCUCUUAUUAGUGCUAUGGUAUAUAUAACAGUGUAGCAAGGUAGUAGCAAUUAUAUUCCCAUAAUAAGGAAUGUCAUGUGUGAACAAAAAAGAAGUAAUUUGAUUUCAUAAAUUAUCUCCAAGGUUGACAUCUGGUCUCAGACCCUUCCUAGCCCUGGGCAAGUCACUUAACUUCGACUGCCUAGCCCUUGCUGCCCUUCUGUUUUAGAAUUGAUACUAAGACAGAAAGUAAGGGUUUUAAAAAAAAAAUUGCAUAGGAUUCUAGGCCUUCAUUACUAAGCACUCAUCAUCUCCACAAUUCCUUUUUAUGAUCUAGAUAUCCGCAGAAUAGAUCUAGACCUGGAAGCACUACCAAAGCCAUGUGGUUUAACCCCAUUCAUUUUGCAAGUGUUGAAACAGGAGCCCAUGGAGCUUAAGUGAUUUGUCUUCCAGUAGUAAAUGUCAAAGGUGAGUCUUAACCCCAGCUCAUCUGGUACUCCAGUGGCAGUACUCUUUCAUUGCCUAGUUAAGAGUAUGGGCAUGGGGUGAAUGGAAUCCUGGUAUAGUCAGAGAGAGAACCUAGGGCUUUUAAUUCCCAGAUUCUCAUCCCAAAUCUGCACUCAGCAGCCACUGAUAAUUUGGUUGAGAAACUUAAUCUGUUUGGAACCUUAUAUUCAUUCAUCAAAUGGACUGAUAUGUAUCAUGGCUUAGUUUCAUAAGACCAUUAACUUUAGAGUUGGCAAAAAACUUAAGAGACGGUCUGUUAUAACCCCCUCUUUUUAAAGAUAAAGAAAAUAAGAUCCAAGAGGAACCUGACCCUUCAAUUCUUCAAUUCUAUAAUUCUGUAGUUUUCACAUCUAAGAAGAUACCAGUCUGUUCAUGAUUUCUUUUUGGCCUUUGUCACUUUAAUUAAGCCCUUCUGAAUUUCCCAAAACUAGUAAGUAUUGACCACUCCCUCCACUGGUAUAAAAAUGUGUGAAUAGAGGUAGCAACUGCCUCAGUAGGAGUAUAAUUCAAAAUAAUGAAAAACAGAAAUACAUUUCCAUCGACACUUAUUGCAUGUUACAACAUGACACAAAAAAAGCCCUCUUGAAAGUUUUCUCUGUCAGACUUAAACUGAUUUUCCCAUAUUAGGUGUCUGAAAUGUGAGGAUCUUAUUAACUUCCUGAAUGUCUUCCUAAUAUUUAGUGGGAAAGGUUUUUUUUUCAUUAUGAUUGCUACAUUUCCAAAUUUUGUGUUGAGUGGAGUUAAGAUUAUAGAUACACAUUGAUCAAGUGUUUUUGAGUGGCCAACAAGCAGUAUGGUGGUGUGGGUAGAGAACUGGCCUUGGAGUAAGGAAAACUUUGAUUCAAGUCUCAUUUCUGACAUAUACUGACUUUAAUCCUGGGUCACUCAUGCAUGAAGGCUUCAAGGAAAACUUAAAACUAUACAAAUUGUAGAGUGUCACUAUGCAUAGAAAGAAGAAUUUCCCUCUACCAACAUAAUCGCAAAUAUGUUAGGAAUAUCUAUCAUUCAGAACAAACCUACAUGUGGGAAUUGCUAAUUUGAUAGUUUGUCUUUUCUUAAAGAAAGAAUUGUUUUUUCACCUAAAAAGUGCCAUUUUGAAUUCUUGGAAUGAAUGUUGGCCAACCAACCAACCAACCAAUCAACAUUUUAAAAUCCCCUAUUAUGUGCCAAGCCCUGUGCUAAAUGCUGGGGAUACAAAAAGAUAGGCUCUGACCUUAAAAGCUUAUAGUCUAAAUGAGGGAGAGAAAUAUAAACAAGAAUAUACAAAGUAAACUACAUACAGGAUAACUAGAAAAUAAUAAAUAGAGGGAAGAUGCUAGGAUUAAAAGCAGCUGGAGAGGGAGGAAAGGUGGGCAAAAGUGAGAGAAUAUGGAUUGCAAAAUGUCAGAUAAUGAAUAUUAAAACAUGUAAUCUGUAAAAAAAAAUUAAAAGAUUUAAAAAAUGGUUGGGGAAGGCUUCCUGUAGAAGAAGGGAUUUUAGUUGGGAUUGAAAGGAAGACAGGGAGGGUAGUAGGCAGAAUUGAGGAGGGAGAGCAUUCUAGGCAUGGGAGUCUGGAAAAUGCCCUGAGCCAAAAGAUGGAAUGUCUUGUUCACUGAAUAACCAGGAGUCUUGAUGUCACUGGAUUGAAGAAUACAUGAUGGCAACAUGCUAUAAGAAGAUUGGAAAGAUUCUGAUGGGUUUUGCAUGACAAAUUGAACAUUUUGUGUUUGAUCCUGAAGGUGACAGGAAACCACUGGAGUUUAUUGAGUGGGGAUGUGUGUCUGUGAUAGGAUCAGGCCAAUGUUUAAGAAAAAUCACUUUUGUGGUUAAAUGGGGAAUGGAUUGAAAUAAGGAGAGAUUUGAAAUAGGCAGAUCUAUGAGGUGAUGAGGACCUGAACUAGAAUAAUGCGUUUCAGAGUAGAGAACAAGCCUAUUGGAGAGGUGUUUCAAAGGUGGAAUCAAUAGGUCUUGGCAAUAUAUUGGAUAUAGGGAUAUGAGAGAGAAUGAGGAUGACUCCUAGGUUGUAAGCUCAACGGACUGGGAACAUGGUAUUGCUCCCUAUAGUAAUUAGGCAAAUAGGAGGUGAGAGUUUAGGAGGCAAGAUGAAGGGGGGAUUUAGAGGGAAAUGAGUUCCAUUUUGGAUAUACUAAGUUUCAGAUGUCUACUCACUAUUCAGUUUGAGAUACCUGAAAUGUAGUUGGAGAUUUGAGAUCACAAGUUGACAGAAGUUGUGGUAGGAUAGGUAGACUUGAAAAUCAUCAGCAAGGACAAUAACUUUUGUAAAUCUAGGAUGACAUUUUUACUUGUCAAGAAAUCCAUAAGGUAUUUGGGAAUCAGUUCUAAACUCUACUGAAGAAUGGUUGCCCCCAGAAAUUUAGUGCUUAAAAGCAUCACAUGGUGUUCAUAAUAUGUAUAAUUCAUGCCUUCCCACUGUAAAUAUGUUCAAGAAAUAUGUAGGGGGUGGAAGUAGUGUCAGCAUAUGAUAAAAGUAGCAGCCUAGAACACAGGAAAAUUAGCUCCAUGGGUGGGCUACAAGUAACUGUGCAAUAUCAGUCCAUGAAUAUCUUUAAGCCUCAGUUUCAUUAUCUCUGAAUUAAGGGGUUUGGUUGGAUUCUAUGACCUUCCAAUUCUAAAACCCUGUCAUCCAUAACAAGAGGGUCCAUCCUAGAAUCAUACUUGGCUCUGCCUUUUGGAUUCAGCCUUCCUGCAUUUCACUAACCAAGGCACAUCAUUGUGUUAGCUUUCCCUAUGUGCAAAUUUACUGUUAUCUGAAUUUAAUUGAGGAGGCAUUACAAAAGGAAAAAAUGGACACAUUUCCGAGGUCUGUGAAGAUACCCACAUGACUGUGAAGAUACCCACAUGACUGACAAUAGCAAACUUAAGCUAAGACUAUAAAAUAAAUUAUAGGAAUGAAAUCUAGGGGUCUCUCUGAUCCUUCUAAAUUUUUGUGAGGCACAUUACCUAAGAAUCUCAAAGUUUGAAGCAGAACUCAGAUAAUCAUUUAAUCUAUAUUCAACCUUUAUCUGAACAAAAGUUUCCUGGUGCAGCAUAACCAAGAAGUCAUCAACCAGCCUCUGCUUUGGAAGACACCUAGUGACAGGCAGUACUCUGCUUCCCCAUAGAAUGUGAGCUCACUGAGGGCAAGGGCUGUCUUUUUCUUUUCUUUUUAUUCCCAGUGUUUAGUGCAGUGCCUGGCAGAUAUUAGAUAUUUUCAAAGUGUUUGUUAGCUAACUUUUUCCUUAAGCAGCUUACUCUACUUACAGAGAAUUCUGAUUAUUCAAAAAUUUCCCUUUAUAUACAAGUGAAAUCUAUCUCUCUUCAGUCGAUGGUCUAGAUCUGCACCCCAUGCCAAGGAAAGCAAAGCCUUUCUAUGUGGCAAUUUUUUCAAAAACAGCUCCUAAUCGUCUCUCCUUUCUGCUCUCUCCCCCAUCUUCUUGGAUCCCAUGUUCCUUCAAUCUUGUAUAAAAUACAUGUGUACUGAAUAAUUGUAGUGUCAUUAUUAAGAAUAAACAACAAUACAUUUUGUUUAUUUGGAGUGGGGUUUGUGUGUAAAGUUGAAGACCCAAAUGAAAAAGCUCACCUGUCAAUCCAAGUAGUCUCUGAGAAGAAUUUAUUUAAUAUAAAAUGAGGAGUGCUGUUCCUUUUUAAAUGGAAAGGCAUUUUUCUAUUGUUGUCUUUUUAAAUUUCCCAUUUGAGUGGUUUGUAAUAAAACAGCUGUUGCAAUCAUGGAUGAAA